AUGUCUACCGCGGCUCGUCGCCGUUUGAUGCGUGACUUCAAGCGUAUGCAGACAGAUCCUCCUGCAGGCGUCUCUGCCUCCCCUAUUCCCGACAAUGUCAUGACGUGGAACGCCGUCAUCAUCGGCCCGGCCGAUACGCCGUUCGAAGACGGCACCUUUAGACUCGUCAUGCAGUUCGAAGAGCAGUACCCGAACAAGCCGCCCCAGGUCAAGUUCAUCAGCCAAAUGUUCCACCCCAACGUAUACGCCACGGGGGAGCUCUGCCUGGACAUUCUGCAGAACCGCUGGAGUCCGACCUACGACGUGGCUGCUGUGCUGACGAGCAUCCAGAGUCUACUCAACGACCCAAACACAGGAUCUCCUGCCAACGUCGAGGCCUCGAACCUGUACAAAGACAACCGCAAAGAAUACACGAAGCGAGUCAGAGAAACAGUAGAGAAGAGCUGGGAGGACUAG